UGCCUCUCCUCAGCAUCACGACUCCCGCGGCAUUGUACAGCAUUCGAUCAAUAGUCUUGUUGACGAAAGUCAGUUUGUGACGCAGCAGGGACUAAAAUUUGGAAGCCAAUGGAUUGCAAAUGAGGGGCACGACCCCUCCUCAGGGCAACAACAAUUCACCCCUCGUCAAGGAAAAGCGACUGUCUCUUUUAAAAAAUCGUUCGGCGGUCUUAUCUCGUUUGUGGCAGCAGCUGUUGCGCGACUGAUUUUUCACUCGGCUCGGUGUACCGGUACCAGCACCAUCGAAUCCAACUUGUGAUCAUGAGAUCUUUUGCUGCUUGAGCUCCUACGGUCACAUUUUCUUUCCCAUCUGUGAAUUGAUUGCUCUAGUUCUAUCCAAGGCUCAGACUCACAAAGCGAUCUUUUGCAUUACAAGAAGCGCACAACGCAAAGGAAGCAAAGCAACACUGAACAACACGAGGCACAAUCCAGAGCAAUAUAACUGCAACGGCAAAAAUCGAACCGAAACAUGACAACCCAAGUACACGGAACCUUCCCCGGAACCACUGCCAAUGACGUGCUCAGCGUCUGCAGCGAAGAAUUGGCUGAUGAGGGCAAGAUUAAGGAAAGCGAGCUAUACGAGGGUGACGGUUUUUCGGUUGAAAAAGGCACUACUUCCAAGCCUGAAGGCGAUGCGGCAUCCGUGACCGAGUCUUACAGUGCUGGAUCCAAGAGCAACAGCGAGGACGACGUGGAAAUUCAAAAAAAGGCGGACAACAACGAGGAAGCCGGUGCCGAGGAGAAGGAAGAACUCAAUCCUUGGUCGAAGGAGCUGAUCGGAAUUCCAAUCAACUACUUCUCCGUAGGAGUAGUUUACGCUGGAAGUGUUUCCAUCUUGUACCCUGUCCUCGUUAUCCAGCAUGGGGUCGACACCGCAUUCUUCACUGCUGCGGCUUCCUUGGUUACCGUUUUCUGGUCCUUCAAGAUCUUCUUUGGAAUCCUCUGCGACUGCCUCCCCAUCUAUGGACAAAAGUGGAAGCCCUAUAUUACCGUUGGUUGGAUUCUUUGUGCUGCUGCUCUCAUGGUCUUGGCUUCCAUGGGAAAAGACGUGUCACCCACGAGUCUUGUCAUCAUGUUGACCCUGGCCAAUCUCGGAUACGUAGCAGCUGACGUUGCUGCCGACGGAAUGAUGGUUUGGGUUGCUCAUCAAGAACCAGACAAGAAGCGCGGAAGCAUCCAGACCUUGAUUUACAUUGUUCGAGAAAUUGGACGAAUUUGCAUCAACAUUAUCAUCAUCAUUGGUUUUUCGGGACCUCAUGUGAACUGCCCUGGAUUCGAGACUGAUUCCAGCAUUCCCUGCACCACCGAUGAAACUGUAACGAGCCGCAACGAUCUUUUUGAAGAAAACCCUGAUACCUGGUGCUACAUGCAGUGUGAUGCCGCCCAGUUCAACUUUGGAUUGACCAUUCCCCAAUAUGUCUGGAUCAUUGUUGCAAUCAACCUCUUGAGUGUGCCCUCCUACUUUACCCUCAAGGAAGAGCGCAAAGAACGAAAGAAUAUCAGAGAGGUUGCUUCAUCCUUCUGGCUGACUAUGAAGAAACGAGCUGUUUGGCAGGUCAUGCUCUACAGUAUGGUUUCCAGCAUUACUUUCAACAUCUUCAUUGCUGCCAAGACCCCUGCCAACUUUGUGUGGCUUGGACUCACGACCUUGCAGAACCAAGUGUUGAAUAUUUUGGAAAGCCUCAUCUUCUUCUUGGGAUUGUGGUUGAUCCGCCGAUACGCCCUCAACUUUUCAUGGCGCAAGAUGAUCUGGAUUGGAUCUCUUCUGGUUGCCUUCUUCAAUCUUCUCUAUUUGCUGAUUGUCUUUGACAUCUACCGCAACCCAUGGUUCUACAUUUUCACAGAUGUGAGCGAUACCUUCAUGGUCACGCUGAAUUUCAUGGCUAGCGUUUUCGCUAUAGUUGAAGUUUCAGAGCCCGGCUUUGAAGCAAUCACGUACAGUCUCAUCACGACCGCGGCCAAUGCCACCAUCCCACUUUCUGUCGUGAUUGCCUACCAGUUCUUGGCCUUCAUGCCUGAUCUCAAUUCUCAGGAUGGCCUUGCCGCUGACACUCCCGAAGUGAGGCGUCAAUUUGCCUAUUUGGUAGUCUUGACCGAGGUGAUUAAUCUUUCAUCCCUUCUAUCUCUGCCAAUGCUUCCUCGUCAGAAAGAAGAGAGUAGAGAGCUAGUCAAAAGCGGCGAACAGUCCGCAUUCUGGGCCAAGUUUACUCUGAUCACUGGCUUCCUUUUCCUGGUCUAUUCCACUUGCAUUACCUUCCUUACGGUUGCUGGAGCUGACAAGUAUGGUUGCAUGAAAAUCUUGGGUGGAGCAGGGUGUACAGAGGACGAAAGCAACUUGCCCGUUUACUUUCUGAUCGGGGUUGCCUUUUUGUAUUGCUAUGGCUUGAAUUUCUACUUCACAUUCUGGCCCAUCAUUCGCGGAGAGAAGAAGUUCAGCUGGGGCAUGUUCUUCUGAGCUUGGCCAUGAGCCGCAUCGUAGAUCCCUGCAUGGGACAUUGUUGACUGUUUGUUGCUUCACAUGUACCAAUACUGGUAAACCAUUAAAUCAAUUUUGAGAGAAAGGAUCCCUUUACAUGUAAAAGAGCAGG